AUGUCGCGAGCGCAUCCGACUCUGACCGGGGAAAUCACUCAGGCCUACAUCAACACCAUGCGAUGGUACUAUCUGUCACAUUUCACGCGCUACCUGCAGGCACUAGAGAAGAUCAAAGUAUAUCCCAGCGAUCGGAACGAGGUCUUGGGAGGAGAUGCGACGCAAAAGUCCGGUCGGUUCACUCCUGGUCUGUACUGGAACCGCUGA